AUGUUAGUNCAGAAGAUCAAAGUGGAAGAUUAGAUGAUCCAGAUGGAUAAGGAAUUCAAAGCGAUGGAAGCGUAAUACAUUCGUAAGCAUGAAUACUUAUAAUAACAGUUGUUGUCAGUCCAACAGGAAUUUCAAGAUUACGUUGUCACAGUUCAAUAGAUGAGUGAUCUCAGAAUUGCCGAGGAACGAAUGAACUCAGUUGGAUUGAAGGCUUUGGAAUUGGAGAGCAUGUUCAAACAAUACGACAAGGUGGUCUCCCAACAUUCCUUUGUCUUCCAAAAGGACAUCAAAGAAUUGGGCAGUGCUUUAAUUAAAUAGCAGAAAUUGAAUCAGCCUCUUCCGAUGAAACAUCAAGAGGCACAAAUUCGAUUGGGAUGUCACAAAAUGCAAGAGGAGAAUUACCAAUUGUAUUACGUGAAUUCCGUAGGCAUAUUUAUGCAAGUCCAUCCCUUCUAAAUACCAUUUGAAGUCAACAAGGAAUUAGAAAUGGAUUACUCAACUCUUUUAUGUAACUUCUUGGAUUACCUGACUCAAAUCGGAGAUUUCCUAAAUCAUGUUUGUAGGAUCUUUAUCGAUUGGGUUGGCGAAGAAGAAAAACUAAAUGCCAUCUUAACCUAUCUUGCCGAAUGCGAUCUCGAUUCACCCAUCAAUCAAUUCUAUGCCAUUAUUUUUGGAAUCCGAGACCAUCGUCAAUUGAGUUCUCUAUCUCUUAAGAAGUUGCUCAAAUAUUAUAAAGAGUUACAGGAACAACACGAGUAUCAACUGAAUGAGUGUUUUACUAUCAAAGAUGCAUCUCCCUAUUUCUAAUUACUAUUUUCAGAGGAAUUCAAUGAAAAGGUGUUUAAUAGUUAGAGAUAAUAAAUGACUCUGUUGGAAUUACUAUUGAUGUUGGCUCAACAUUUCCUAAUGAUUGAGAACAAAUAAUGGACUGGAUGGAUCUACAAAUAGGAGAUCCAAUCUGAGGAUCUGGAUAUGAAUGUGGUACUCUAUCAUUCUUAAACUUAUUAUUAAGAUCAAAUAAUUCAUUGAGUUACGUAACCAAUUGAAUCGGCCACUUGAAGAAAGCCUUGAAUUGGUGAGACAACUCUCCCUACUCCAUCCUGAAUUAUUUUAUAAGAGCAAGCAAGUCCCACAGGAGCGAAUGAAAGCAUCAGCGCGUAAAGUGCAACGUAAAAACUCACAACGAUCUCCUCUUAAGAGAUCGAGUAUUACUUUGAUUAAAGCUAUUAAUCUAAAAAAGUGA